AUGUCUGUCGUCACCGCGAGUGUCCGGGACGACGAUGACUUCGAGGAGGACGACAUCGGAGAGGCCAGCGUCGCGGACUCCUCGCGUUCGGAGGACCUCUCGGGCUCGGCAUCGCCACCGCCGGAGUCCAAAUGCACCACUGUCCAGUCACGGUCGCGGUCGCAGAUCCUGGUGGCCCGCUCGCCAAGCCGCCUGCCCUACCUGGCCGUAUGCAGCGUGGGCCUUCUCACGGUCCUUGUUGGCGUCGCCGCCACUGCGUAUAAGCUGCACACGGGGGGCGCCAUCAUGACGCUGUUCAACAACACGAUGGCCAUGAUGCGACGCGGCGGGAAUGGAUCGGAGUUGGCCGACGGGACCUUCCUGGCCAACGCGGAUGGCCGAUACCUCGCCAGGCACGAGAGCAAGCUCUUGGUGACCCAGUCCAGCUGCCGGAGCGAUGCGUGCAUCUGGGUGGAGAACUACCUCCGCGGCCGUCUCAACUACAGUGUCAACCCAUGCUCCGACUUCUACGCGUACGUGUGCUCCAGGCACUGGACAUCACGGGACCUGGACCUGCAGUUGAGGGCGUACCAUGAGAGAACGGUAGGCAUGAUGAUGACGGACGUCGAGAAGUACUUCCGGCAGUACCUCAAAGAGAACGAGGAACGCUACCACAAGUACCCCGGCGUGUUUCUGCACCAAGCCAUCUCUCUGCUGCCCAAGUGCCAGUCCGAAGAGAAGAACGACAAGAACCUCUCGUCUCUCCGCAGUCUUCUGGAGGAGUACAACCUCGGCGGCUGGCCAUACAAAAAGGCGCCACGUGGUGUCAACAUCCACAGCACCUCGGCGUUCAUUGAUCGUGACCUGGGCGUCUUCGCUUUCGCCAAGGUGUUCUUGCGGAAGUCCUUCGAGGAUGAUCGCGGCUACACAGUCUACAUAGAUGCGCCCAGCUUGACGAUCAAGAGAUACAACCUGGCGUAUCUCGACGACUCACCGGAGAACUUCACGGAGAAGGUAGCACUCGCGCUAUCCCUUCUUGACAAGAAGCAAGACGUGUUAGAACAAACGGAAGCGAUAGCCCUCCUGGAAAAGAAACUCCAAAGCGUUAUCGGUGUGCCGCACUUUGUUGGCCUGCAGGAGCGGAUCAAGCGCGUCGGUCAACUUGACCACAAAGGAAAGUGGGACUGGGAAGAGUACCUCGCGAUACUCUUUCAAGACAUUGAAACUUUCGACAACGACAAGCAAGUAGCCAUCAUGAACAACGAGUACAUCAACAAGCUGGUGGUCAUUCUUAACGAAACGGACACGGUGACUCUUCUGAAUUACCUUGGCUACCGCACCGUGGUGCACCUAUCCCCGAUUCUAGCCAAGGUUGCUAGCCCUCUGCUGCGCCUGAGUCAUGACGAUUACCUAGAAUUUGUCCCGGAUCGGCUUCAAGCUUGCAUGCAUCUGCUCGAACGUCUCUACAAGCAAGGCAUGCGAUUCUUCGGCCGGAUGACUUUCAGCAAGACCAACUCGACGCUUCUUCUGAAGCACUACGACUACAGCAUGUCCAACAUCGAACAACAAAUCAAGAGUAGCAUGACCGACCGCCUCUUGUCAUCUUCGUCAUGGCUAGACCGUUCUGCGAUAGGCAUUGGUGUCGACAAAAUUGAGAACAUGCGCCUCGUUUUCCUUGGCAGCACGGAAGACAUCAACACGGUUGCCAGCUACUACAACUUCAAUGCUCAGCCUUUGGACCCAAGUCACCUAGUCGAGAGCUUUCGCGACCUUCAGGCUGGAACUAGGAACGUCUACUGGGAAACGAAGCCACCCAAAGACGACCUCGAUGCUAGGUACGACCACACGGCCCUUACACCUGGACACGAGUACUUCUUCGGCCGCAAUGUUCUCUUCAUUCCACACGCCAAUAUUGCCUUUCUCAAUGACAUCACCAAAAGUAUUGAUCCGGUGUUCUUCCCACUUAUCCUCGCUGAAAUCUUACGAGGCAUGUUCGGAGCCGUGGACAGGCGUGGAUCUACUGUGGACCACAACCUCGCAGUGGCCACGUGGUGGAACACCGAUGAAAUGAGCAAGUUCUCGCAGCUGGAGCUGUGCUUUCAAGACCAGUACUACGUCGAGAUACGGGAGCUCAUCGGGGACAACUUCGAGGCCAAGACAAGGCUGGAAGGAAACAUUGCGGACAAUGCCAUAAUGGGUCCGCUGCACGACACCUACAUGAAGGUUCUCGCAUCUCGAGACGGAGCCGAGAGGCUCAAGAUCGCCGUUGACGAUCGGCAGCUUGACAUGGAACAACUGUUUUUCAUAAUGUACGCUGUGGGGCUGUGCGACAACCCGAACCGCGAUGCCUGGGUGCGGAAGCUAAAGUUCGGCGAGAUGCCAGGCAAGCUUCGGGUCAACAUUCCGCUCAUGAACUUUGCCAAAUUUUCGUCGGCUUUCGGCUGCGCGCCAGGCAUGACCAUGAGCCCAACCCGCAAGUGCAUCGUCUGGUGA